AUGACGUGGUUUGAUUUCAUCUAUGCCCGGUUUUCUUUGUGUUCCUCCUUCACCUGCGAACCAAGUGGAGUGGCUUGGGUAUUUUUUUUGGGUUGUCACCCUGUGAUGCCAGGGGUGUGGUGGCCAGUUGUUUCAUCAGUAUUCUGCGGCUGGAGCAACUCUGAUCUCGCAUUCCGUAAGAUUGAUUGUUCUUUUCUCCUUCCUCCAUUUCGAUUGCUUAAAUGUUUCUGCUUUUUCUCUUUUUAUCUCUCUUUGUUCCUUUGUUUGUGUCUGGUUUAAUUUCUUGUGAGUGCUUUGGAAUUUUGUGGUUGUUCUCUUGUUUUGGUUUUGCCGAAGUCUGUGUGGUGUUUUUUUGUAUAUUUUCUGAUAGUUUUUAGUAGCCAAUUACGAUUUCGUUUUGUUUACAGAUUGGCUUCCUAUGAGUUGUUGGAAUGGUUUUUUUUCGAUGGGUUCGUGCGAUUGGGGUGUUUCUUGCGGUAGUUUGGUGUGUCUCUUUGUUCCUUUUUUAUUUUGGGUAAGCAGAUGAUUCUGACUGCCUUUUUAGAUCCGCAAAUGGUUACAUGAAAGUGAGUUUCUUGCUCUAAUAUUUGCCUGGUUGCAAGCUUCUAUUAGGGAGGACAUGUUUGGCAUCAUAAUCUUUUAUCCCUCUUAGUUCCUUUGUUUAUAUUUUGUUUAACUUCUUGUGGGUGCUCUGAAUUCUAUAGUUGUUCUCCUGUGCUGGUUUUGUCAAAUGUCUGGGCGGUGCUUUUUCUUGGCUUUGGUGCUUAUUUCUUUGUUGAUUUUCUUGAAUGAACCCUACAAGGGGUUGAGCAAGUACUCUGUUUGGACCAUUCAUAAAAUUUGUUCAACAACUCCUACUAUCUGAGUUUUUUCCUGAUAGUUUUUAGCAGCCAGUACUCUGUCUACGUAUCGGUUUAUACAUUUUCUUUUUCUCUUUUUUUUUUUAUUUCUGGAAAUGAAAUUUCAGGUCUGAGAUUAAGCCAUUAGAGGUGUUAUGAAAUCAGGUAUAUGAAAUUUUCAACUUCCUUUGCUAUUUUUUCUCCUUUGGUGAUAUUACUUGGAGGUCUUAUGGAUCGGUUUCUUCUCUUGGAAUACCUGGAGACUGGAUUUGGAUAUAUGUCAUCUUUUUUUCGUGUGUGAUCCACAGCUUCGAUUGUUUAAGCCAUAAAUUAUUCUAAAAAUGCGAGGUUUUGCAAUGCUUUUGAACUGCAAUUGAAGCUGUUGAUGAUUCUUUAGUAGUGACAAGAUAGGAGUGGGGUUGGGAUAGAGAGGGAGAGAGGCAAAGUUGAGAUUCCAUUUGGGUGGUUUGCUUAAGAUGUCAGCAUGAACCAUGAAGCCUCCAAGCAGUGAAAUUCGUCCGAAGAUCAUACGACAAUGGUGUUGGUGCAGGAGGAUGGGAAUCGUUACAAGAAUUGUCCAUUCGGACUCUGCAUGUGCAUGGUUUUCACGGUGUAUUCUUAAAAGGAAUCUAGGUCAAAACUUCUAUAAAUGCUCUGUCAGACAGGUAAAUUGAUUUCUAUUCAUUUCUAUUUUUGCUACUGUGAGUUUUUGGAAAUAGGCAAGUUGAGUUAUGCCGACAUUUCAUCUUUUACGGUGAGUAUGAGCUUGGUAUAUAUCAAAUGCCUCAAGCAGUAGUGGGAUUAUAUUGAAUAUGGAGAAUGUUUAACUUGUGAAUGGAGUUUAAUUAGGAAGAUUAUUUAUUUUUGCAUUAACAAGAAAAACAGUAAAAGCUAGUGAAUUUUUGGAGAAACUGAUAAAAGUAGCCGUUUUAGAGCUGUAACUAGCAAUCCUAAGGGUAAUUAUGUCAAAACUUCACAUUUUCCAAUAAAACACUGUAUUGCCCUCUCCCUCUCUGACACAUUUUUUGCAUCAUUCUUCUCUCUUCCAUCCCUUGAAUAAUAAAAGCAAUUGUCAAAUCAAUAAAUAUUUGUUUACAUUUAACAAAAAAUUUAUGUGUGUUUAGCCAUUCCCUUUUGGGAACAUGAAAAGCCAGAGUUUAUGUUCAUGUAUUUCGUACUCUUUUCCGUAGAUACAUUUAUUUUCAAAAGGCGCACAUAUUGGCUAUCAUUCUCUAAUGACUACAUAUUAUGGUGAAAUCAGCUUUCUCAAUGGUGAUGCCCGCUUGUUUUCUAUAGUCUCUCAAAUGGUUUGAGCGGCGCCAAAUUCUAGGUUCAUCUACUCUCGCGGCUAUUCCAUCGUCAUCAACUGGUAUGGCUUUCGCAGUCCUUAUUUUACCUAUUUUCCUGAACUUGGGUUUCUAUCUACUAGGCAACCUGAUUCAGCGCCUUCAAAACUCUCUCGAUAAUCACUUCUCCAGCAGAAUCAUCCGCAAUUCGUGUGGUUUACUCUGCCUCUGGUAUCAUUUUUUGAAUAUUUAUGAGCUUUUUUCGUUUAUUUUUUUCCCUGGGUUGUGAUACCAAGUUUUGAGGGUGACAAAGAGACCAGGCGAGUGCUGGAACUUUCGCCUCUGUUGGGAUUAAUACAGUUAUAUGCUUCCAUGCGGGUUAUUGGGGUUCAAGCGGUUUGAGUCCUAAAUCUUCAUAUCUAGGUCUUUUGCUUGGCAGUUACAUAUUAUGUCGUUUGAUACUUCUUUGAUAUGGCUAAAUUAAUAGAUACUUACAGUGUUAAUUUCAGCCCUUAUUUUUCAAAUUUACUGGGUUCCCUACUGAUAAGAUGUUCUUUAACUCAGGUCCCUAUUUGUUCUUAAGGUUUUCAGCUGGAGAUUUGGUAUUUCGACAUUCUCGCUUAUACUAUGUGGCUGUCUCUCUCUCUUGCUUCGGUGUGAUUUGAUGUUAGGGAAGAAUUUUCGUUUACCUUGAUGUGCUCAUCCUGUAUGACAAUAUGUGGGAUGAUGGGAUUUCUUUGGGGCCAAAAGAGGUGCACAACUACUUGACUCGGGUAUGAAUGCAUGCCUUCAGAAAUUGUUGUGGUGGUUUCAAUUCAAUCCCAGGGGAUAAGAAAUUGCGACGGGCGGCUGGGAUUUUUGCUGGAUCCAGAUGUGGCCUACUUCUUUUGUUCUGUUGGUGGCCACGGUUGCCUCGGCCUAAAGACAUAGCAAGGAUACUAGUGUGGAUUCAAUAGCAUUGUCAGUUAGAGCCAGCUCUUUCCUCCCUAGGACAGCUAACUUUGUGCUUGCUGGUGCCCUAAUGCUGCAAAUAUGUUAAUUGUUAGAUUCUUUGCAAAGAAGGUUGCCGCUAGUCUUACGAACGUUGCUUGUGCUGUCGUUGAAGAACUUAGCCCGAUGGACAAAACAUGGAUUGAUUUGCCAAAUAGGAUGUGUGCGGAAUAUGUUAAUGGGAUUGAUCAAUUCCUUACAUAUGCAUACACCAAUUUGGCAGAAGAAGUUAGCAUCAAUUGUCCAUGUAGGAGAUGCGAGAAUCGCUUUUAUUUGUCCAAACUAGUUGUGUGUGAUCAUCUUAUUUCAUUCGGUUUCUUGAAAAAGUACAAGAACUGGGUCAACCAUGGAGAAUCUUAUGUCUCAUUUCAUGGUAACCAAGAAAAUGAAAAUUUUCUUGACAUGGACAAUGGGGACGAUAUGAUUGGAAUGAUUCAUGAGGCAAUGGGAAUUCCAGUUGUCGGUGAUGACGAUGUCAAUGAUGCACUACCUGCCAACGAACCCCAAGCAGGGCCAAAUGAUAAAACUGCAGAAUACUUUAGGCUUCUAGAAAAUGCGCAAACUGAAUUGUAUCCGGGUUGUAAUAGCUUUACAGUAUUGUCAUUCAUUGUCCGGCUAAUGCAUACGAAGGUUCUAAGUGGGUGGACAGACAAGUCUUUUACCAUUUUGCUUGAGUUAUUAAAUGAGGCUUUCCCUGAGGGUGUUAAACUUGCAAAGUCAUACUAUGAAGCGCGGAAGCUAACUGAAGAUUUAGGCUUCACGUAUGAGACAUGGGAUGCAUGCCCUAAUAGUUGUAUGUUGUUUAGAGGUGAAGAUGCCAAGAUUGACAAAUGUGUAAUAUGUAAUAGUUCAAGAUGGAAACAGAAUGCUUGUACUUCAAAUGAGGUUGAUGGAGAUGGGAAGCGAAUAGCGAUGAAAUAGAUGAGGUAUUUUCCUCUAAGGCCGAGAUUACAGAGGCUAUUUAUGUCUUCUAAAACUGCUAAGUUUAUGAGAUGGCAUGCUGAAGAAAGAUUGAAUGAUGGCAUUUUAAGGCAUCCAACUGACUCACUUGCAUGGAAAGAUUUCGAUCAGCGCAACAUAACUUUUGCUGAUGAGGUACGUAAUGUUCGGCUUGGAUUGGCAUCUGAUGGGUUCAAUCCAUUCAGGACGAUGAACAUAGUUCACAGCACAUGGCCCGUAGUAUUAAUCCCGUACAACUUUCCACCAUGGAUAUGCAUGAAGCAGCCUUAUUUGAUUUUGUCUGUGCUUAUAGACAGUCCAAAGGGACCCGGUGACAAAAUUGAUGUCUAUAUGCAGCCAUUAGUUGACGAGUUGAAGAUGUUAUGGGAUGAAGGCAUACAAACAUUUGAUGCAUCAUGUAAUCAAAUGUUUCAAAUGCGAGCAACAUUGCUAUGGACAAUAAAUGAUUUUCCUGCAUAUGCAAAUUUGUCAGGAUGGAGUACGAAAGGAGAAUAUGCUUGUCCUUGUUGCAAUAGUAACACUCAAAGGUGUUGGUUGAAGCAUGGGAAAAAGUUUUCCUAUAUGGGUCAUCGUCGUUUCCUUCCUAAUAGUCAUAAAUUCCGAAAGGAUAAAUUAUCAUUUGAUGGUAAACGUGAAUGGGGAUGUAAGCCUGAAAGGUUGUCGGGAGAUCAACUAUUGCAACAAUUAGAGAAAGAAGGCAUACUUACAGAAUACAAGAGGGCUGACCUUGAGGAAAGAAAUAGAAGACAAGCUCAUAAAGAAAGAGGUGUGACCCGACAGCAUAACUGGAAGAAGAAGAGCAUAUUGUUUGAAUUGCCUUAUUGGAAGCAUAAUCUUAUAAGGCAUAAUCUCGAUGUGAUGCACAUAGAGAAGAAUGUAUGUGACAAUGUAUUGUGGACACUAUUGGGAACUGCAGGUAAAUCAAAAGAUAAUUUGAAUGCCAGGCGUGACCUACAAGAGAUGAAUAUUAGGAAACCCCUACACCCUUUGCCGUCAAGCUCUAAUAAAUUGUAUUUGCCUCCGACACAAUUUGCACUGACAAAAGAUGACAAAGACGUGCUCCUUAAAGUGCUAAAAGAAGUGAGAGUCCCAGAUGGUUAUGCUUCUAAUAUAUCACGCCGCGUGCGUUUGCAGGAUAAAAGCAUUUGGGGUCUCAAAAGUCAUGAUAGUCAUAUCCUAAUGCAACAACUCAUUCCUCUGGCUAUACGAAAAACCUUGCCCAAGAAUGUAGUUGAACCCUUAAUUGAAUUGAGCAACUUUUUUAGGCAAUUGUGCUCCAAGAUGAAUUCUACAGUGGACUUGGAAUAUCUCAAGGAGCGGAUCACUCUUACACUUUGUCACUUGGAAAAAAUAUUUCCACCAGCCUUUUUUGAUAUAAUGGUCCAUUUGCCUAUACAUUUAGCAGAAGAAGCUUUGAUUGCUGGGGCUGUACAAUUUCGGUGGAUGUAUCCGAUAGAGAGGUAUCUUCUUACUUUGAAGCAAUAUGUGCGCAAUCGUGCUCGACCCGAGGCUUCAAUGGCUAAGGGUUACUUGAUGGAAGAGUGCAUGAAUUUUUGUGCACAAUACCUUCAAGACGUUGAAACCAAGUCCAACCGUCCAGCAAGGAAUUAUGAAGGCAGUGAGAACAUAGGCCACGCAGUUGGGGGGGAAAAUACUUUUAUACUUGAUGAUAACACAUUGGUGCAAGCUCAUCGGUAUAUUUUGUUCAACACUGAAUCAAUAGAAGAUUUCAAAGACCAGCACAUUGAGGUUGUUAAGAAUAGAAUGCCUGGUGCAGAUGCCCACCAGAUCCAGCGUGUUCACUUUGAAACAUUCCAUACAUGGUUUAUGGAACAUGUUCAAAAUUUACGAAUGACAAGUGAUGUCACAUUUUCAGAAGAAAUUAAUAGAUUGGCAGAUGGUCCACAAAAUUUGGCAAGGAGGUUUAAGGCCUAUGUUAUAAAUGGGUGUCGUUUUCGUGUAAACGACGUAGACAAACGUCGAGCAACUCAAAACAGUGGUGUAGCGUUAAAGGCUGCAACCAUGAGUUACGCUAGUCGAAAAGACAAGAAUCCCCGUUUGGGUGCUGUUUAUUACUAUGGGCAAUUGACCGACAUUAUUGAAAUCCGAUACACAAAUGAUAUGAAAUACAUUUUAUUCAAGUGUGAUUGGGUUGAUAACAAUGUGGGAAAGAUGGAAGAUCCUUUCAAGUUUACAUUGGUAAACUUCAAUCACUUGUUGUAUCGGGAGGAUCGAGUCACCAAUGAACCAUUCAUAUUAGCAUGUCAAGCCGUGCAAGUUUGGUACGUUCCAGAUCCUUUAGAUCCAGCAUGGCAAGUAGUUGUCAAAAUGACUCCAAGAGAUCUUUUUGAUAUGUCUUCUAAUGAAGCAAUAUGUGAUCCAUAUGUGAGCCAACAAUUGGAUACGAAUGACACACCUCGUCAAGCAGAAGCUGGAUUAUCAAAGACCACGAUGCCGAAGAGAAGGGCUGUCCGUCCAAAGACUAUGUUUGAGUUACUUCGUGUACGUACAUCUCAAUCGAACAAUACAAACACCUCCUCACCAACAACCUUGCCACAAUCACAGCAGCCACCGUCACUAACACCACCAACCCUGCCACAACCACAGCAGUCAUCGUCUUCUUCAGGGUUCACAUCUCAAUCGGUAAAUGAAUCACAGUCGACUAAUGAGUUUGGUCCAACAUUGUCUAACUCGACUCAUACACGAGGUACUGCAAAGGGCAUAAAGGAGUGGGGUACUGGAGUACAAAUUAAGGUUGACUUUGAUGACAAAUUCCAACCAGUGGGCAAGAACGCUGCAGCAUUAAACGGGCAGCUAGGACAAAUAGUAGGAAAUGGGCGUAAAGUUUCCCUUACGUAUGCUGAUUGGCCUGCCGUACCGGAUAAUAAUGUCAACAAAGAUAUUUGGGAUGAGGUUAAGGAUAACUUGGUCGAUGUUCCGGAUGGUUAUAAGGAAGUAUGCUUACGGUCAUGUAAUAUGCUGUGGAAGGAUCGAAAGUCUAAGUUAAAGAGAAAAUGGUUUACACCUCAUAUGGAUGACCCAGACCUUAGUUCUAAAGUUCCAAAGAACAUUGUGCCUGAUCAAUGGAGAGAGUUAGUGGAGUACUUUAGAAGUGAUUAUGCAAAGGAUGUAGCUGCUCGAAACGCAUCCAAUAGGGAAAUGAGAGGCCCAACCCAUACAACUGGAAGAACACACUUUGCCCAAAUACGAGAUAGGAUGGCAAAAGAAGGAAAGUCCACUGACAAGUUUAGUGUAUUCAUAGAGACACGUGACAAGACUGAUUCAGAUGUGAAAGAGCUAAUUAAGGAAUACGAACAACGGCUGUCUGAUUAUGCUGAAUCUGAACGAAUUGUAGCUAUUCGAGAUAAAAUCUUCCACGAACUAAUGGGAGAGGAUGGGCACGAAUAUUGUCGGACAUAUGGUUCUGGAAUUCAUCGCAGUGCGGUAUAUGAAAGGGAUAAGCAGUCAUCAUCCAUUUCAACUAAUGAUAUGAUAUCUACCGAGAUUGCUAGACAAGUCAACGAGGCAUUAGCGAAGGUGAAAGAGGAGUUCAACAAAGAGGUGGAGGCGAUGCGUGCUAGGAUUAUAUAUUUGGAAUCUGAGAGGGGACAUCAUGUAGAUGCAUCUGGACAGGCUCAAGAUGCGACUAGUGUAAGGGAGUCAGUAGGAGAUGGUAGUACUCCAAGAUCAUGAGAGUAAAGUUGCAACAUUAGUCAUAUCUUGAAUGAGGAUUAUAUAUAUCUGUUAUGUUGUUUAAACAAUUUCUGGAUAUAUAGAGAUGCUAGCUAGCUAGUUGAUGAGGAUUUAAUUAGUAUGACUUUUUUUGAUAUGAACAUAAUGAUUUCAUGUUGUUUUGCGUUUGUGUUUGUAUGACUUAAUGGAUAUUGUUAGUUUCAUGAAUUUUGAGUGUAGAUGGGUAUUUGUGAUUGAG